AUGCGUAUCAUCCAGCGCGGCAUGAUGCGGAAGGUCGGUGAGAGUGCUGGUGCGGGUGCCCAUGCCCGGGCGUACGCAAAUUACUCGCAUGACGGCCGGGCAGGGGAGGUCUACGGCGAGAACUUGCCGAGAUUGCAAAUGCUGAAGCAGGAAUAUGACCCGCACAAUGUAUUCAGGAAGUGGUUAAAUCUACUACCGAAUUGA